AUGGCGAUUGUGCCCCUCGGAGCUCAAGUGCGCCCGUAUAGAGAUUACCUGACGCCUGCUCUGCACCGGAGGUUCAACAAGGCUAGCAGGUACACACUGAUACUAUGCUAUGCGAUCGCUUGUUGGAUGGGAGAAUGGGAUAGCUUGCUAUGGUCAUGGUUUCCUAUCGGGCCCACGGGCAUACGAGCACUCCUUAUAUUCCUUCCUGCGCUCAUCAUCUACGUGCUUCGCGUUGCACAGUGGCACGUCGGACGGCGACAAACGCAAACACCAGCCGAGACAUUCAACAAGUACUUCUUGCGCAAGUCGACCCUGCUUACGCUCGUCUUCUAUGCAUUCUCGGCAUGGCUCUACAGCGAGGUGUAUAUGUGGUCGCGAACGGGCAAGGACAAGCUUGCUCUCACAGAGUACGGGCGCGCACACGAACGACUUAAGUUGAACGAGAGACCGCUUUACCUGCACUUCCUAUUCUUUCUGUUGGCUGUCGCACAGUCCGGCAUACACUUAUGGAAGGACUACGACAAGAUCGAAGUGUCAGCUAUGAAGCCAAAGAAGGAGCGCGAGGACGCAUCGGCCGCAGCACCGCCCAGAAGGGCACCCAAGCCCAGGCAAGUCCUCGCCCUACAGUUUCUGGCUAUGGCGAAGAGGUCGAGCAUACUCAGCUUAGCUAUUACCUUUGGUGGAUUUGCUCUUUACUUCGCUGGACCACGAUACGUCAUCUGGGACUACUACUACAGCUUCAGCAAGUACUUUGUCAGCUUGUCCAAGACGUCCAAACCCACUGGACUGGCCCCCUUCAUACCGCUAUGUUCCAUGUUCGCCGUGGAAGGUGCACUCCUUGUCUUGCUGUGGGAGUUUGUCAACAAGGCAUUCGACUUGUACAUUGCGCAGGAGCCGUUGAAGAACGCGCAGCCGAUCACCGCCGAUUCGAAGGAUCCCAAUGGAACACUACUAAACGGCCUCAAGUCAAGGAAGGAAGCUGUAAAGGCAAUCGCAUUUUGGGAGCUCGCUUUGAUUACCGACGCCUUCCCCGAUCGCCGUAAGACCAUCUACGGAGAAAUUGACCGCAAGAAGGGCCCAACCUUCCAGCAGGUCACCGACAUCUGUCUCGCAGAAAUCAAACUUCUCAUCGAACGCAUAAGCAUCGGCCUCGAUCCCACUUACAACCCAGCCGCAACACCCGUCCAACAGCUACCAACCGCACCUGUUGGUUUAGUACCACAGAUCGCACAGCCUUUGAAAUCCGACAAGCAGAUCGCUGCUUUGCCUCCGAGGCCUGACACAAAAUGGGACCACAUCGAGUCUGCGGCAGCUGGCAUUGCGAAGUCAUAUAGCUCACCCGGCAACUCGCAACAAGCGUACGGCCGGGAAGCAAUCAAGAAGGGUGUGCAGAAGGCUCAGGAAGGUGCCCAACAGGCGGGCUCAUUUGCAUCGGUCUACUACAACAAGCUCGUUUCUUCUCCGCUGGGCGCGCCUUUCUCCCAAUCGCUUCCCCGAACCGUAAACUUAGUCAUCCUCGGCGCCCCAUUUUCCCGCAUCUCACUCAUCUGCAACGCAGUCACAGCGCUUGCAAAUCUCGCUGUUUUCUCUCUCAGCCAAGAUGCACUUGGACGUUUCCAUGAAGGUAUUCCUGAAAUCAUCCGCGUGUUCACCACGGCAAUCACCAAGAUCGAUGAAUAUAUGAGUAAAGUCGAGAUACACUGGAGCGACCAGACGACUCUCAAGAAGCCGGAGGCAGAACAGAGGAAAGUGCCUGAAGUGGAAGAGGUGCGGGAGUGUCUCAAGGAGGGUCUGGAGAAGAUCUUGGGUAGUUUCAACGAGUAUUUGAGUGGCAUGGGGUUGACCAAGGUGGAGAUUCUGGACGCGAAGAAGGCGAUUGGGGCUAAGAAGGCACCGGAGAUGAUACAGGCUGGUGCGGGACGGUGA